CCCUUUUCUAAUGGUAUCUGCCCUCAUUUCAGGCCAUGUUUGACUGGCUGGAUAACGCUGUGAUUAAGCUGUGCAACAUGUCUCCUGUGGGCACCGACCUCAACACGGUUAAGGAGCAAAUGAAUGAGAUGAAGGAGUUUAAAAUGGAAGUUUACCAGCAGCAGAUUGAGAUGGAAAAGCUUAAUCACCAAGGUGAACUGAUGCUAAAAAAAGCUACAGAUGAGACAGACAGAGACAUCAUAAAGGAGCCACUGACAGAGCUGAAACAUCUCUGGGAGAAUUUGGGUGAGAAGAUUGCUCACAGACAGCACAAGCUCGAAGCCGCCCUCCUGGCCCUCGGUCAGUUCCAGCACGCGCUGGCAGAGCUGAUGGCCUGGCUGACCCACACCGAGGAGCUGCUCGAUGCGCAGAAGCCCAUCAACGGAGACCCAAAAGUCAUCGAGGUUGAACUCGCAAAGCACCACGUGCUGAAGAAUGAUGUCCUGGCCCACCAAGCAACUGUGGAGACAGUGAACAGAGCGGGCAAUGAGCUCCUGGAAUCGAGCGCAGGGGACGACGCCAGCAGCCUUCGGAACCGCCUGGAGGGGCUGAACGCGUGCUGGGAGGCGGUGCUGCAGAAGACAGAGGAGAGGGAGCAGCAGCUGCAGUCCACUCUGCAGCAGGCCCAGGGUUUCCAUGGUGAGAUUGAAGACUUCCUCCUGUGGCUAACGAGAAUGGAGAGCCAAUUGUCUGCAUCGAAACCCACAGGAGGGCUGCCAGAAACUGCCCGGGAACAGCUCAAUGCCCACAUGGAGCUGUACGGGCAGCUGAAGGCACAGGAGGACGUGUACAGCCAGCUGCUGGCCAAGGGGCGGCUGAUGCUGCUGAACCGCGACGACUCGAGCGCAGGCUCCAAGACGGAGCAGAGCGUCGCGCUGCUGGAGCAGAAGUGGUGUCUGGUCAGCACCAAGAUGGAGGAGAGAAAGGCAAAGCUGGAGGAGGCUCUCGCCCUGGCCACGGACUUCCAGAACUCCCUCCAGGACUUCAUCAACUGGCUGACGCUGGCCGAGCAGAGCCUGAACAUCGUGCCUCCACCCAGCCUCAUCCUCAACGCCGUGCUGGCCCAGAUUGAUGAACACAAGGUGUUCGCCAAUGAAGUGAACGCCCAUCGGGAUCGCAUCAUCGAGCUGGACCAAACGGGGAACCAGCUGAAGUUCCUCAGUCAAAAGCAGGACGUGGUGCUGAUCAAGAACCUGCUGGUGAGCGUCCAGUCCCGCUGGGAGAAGGUGGUGCAGCGCUCGGUGGAGCGGGGCCGGGCUCUGGAUGACGCCAGGAAGCGAGCCAAGCAGUUCCACGAAGCUUGGAAGAAACUGAUUGAUUGGCUGGAGGAUGCAGAGAAUCACCUGGACUCUGAGUUGGAGAUUUCCAACGAUCCUGACAAAAUCAAGCUCCAGCUCUCCAAACACAAGGAGUUCCAGAAGACACUGGGUGGGAAGCAGCCUGUCUACGACACCACUAUCAGGACAGGCAGAGCUCUCAAGGAAAAAGCUUUGCUUCCAGACGACACUCAAAAGCUGGACAACUUACUGGGAGAAGUCCGGGAUAAAUGGGACACCGUGUGCGGCAAAUCUGUGGAAAGGCAGCACAAGCUGGAAGAAGCCCUCCUGUUCUCUGGGCAGUUCAUGGAUGCGCUGCAGGCCUUGGUGGACUGGCUGUACAAGGUGGAGCCUCAGCUGGCUGAAGAUCAGCCCGUCCAUGGUGACCUGGACCUGGUCAUGAACCUGAUGGACGCUCACAAGGUCUUCCAGAAGGAGCUGGGGAAGCGCACUGGGACGGUGCAGGUGCUGAAGCGCUCCGGCCGGGAGCUGAUUGAGAACAGCCGGGAUGACACCACGUGGGUGAAAGUACAGCUGCAGGAGCUGAGCAACCGCUGGGACACGGUGUGCAAGCUGUCAGUGUCCAAACAGAGCCGCCUGGAGCAGGCCUUGAAGCAGGCGGAGGAGUUCCGGACGGCCGUGCACAUGCUGCUGGAGUGGCUCUCGGAGGCUGAGCAGUCCCUGCGCUUUCGGGGAGCACUUCCUGAUGAUGCCGAAGCGCUGCAGUCCCUCAUUGAUGUGCACAAGGAAUUCAUGAAGAAAGUGGAGGAGAAAAGGGUGGAUGUGAAUGCGGCAGUGGGAAUGGGAGAGGUCAUUCUGUCUGCCUGCCAUCCUGACUGCAUCACCACCAUCAAGCACUGGAUCACCAUCAUCCGCGCCAGGUUUGAGGAGGUCCUCACGUGGGCCAAGCAGCACCAGCAGAGGUUGGAGGCUGCACUCUCAGAGCUGGUGGCGAAUGCAGAGCUUCUGGAGGAGCUCCUGGCCUGGAUCCAGUGGGCUGAGACCACCCUGAUCCAGAGGGAUCAGGAGCCGGCACCGCAGAACAUCGAUCAGGUCAAAGCCCUCAUCGCUGAGCACCAGUCCUUCAUGGAGGAGAUGACAAGGAAACAGCCAGACGUGGACCGGGUCACCAAGACCUACAAGAGGAAAGCGACGGAACCGCCCCAUGGAGCCCUCAUUGACAAGUCCCGCAGCAACAGAAAAUCCCUGACCCAGGCCGCCCCUCCCACCAUGCCCAUCAUCUCCCAGUCGGAAACCAAGAACCCCCGCAUCAACCAGCUCUCGGCCCGCUGGCAGCAGGUCUGGCUGCUGGCCCUGGAGCGCCAGCGGAAGCUGAACGAUGCCCUGGACCGACUGGAGGAGCUGAAGGAGUUUGCAAACUUCGACUUCGAUGUCUGGCGGAAGAAAUACAUGCGCUGGAUGAACCACAAGAAGUCCCGCGUGAUGGACUUCUUCCGGCGCAUCGACAAGGACCAGGACGGGAAGAUCACCAGGCAGGAGUUCAUCGAUGGCAUCCUGGCCUCCAAAUUCCCCACCACGAAGCUGGAGAUGACGGCUGUGGCCGAUAUCUUUGACCGUGACGGUGACGGUUACAUCGACUACUACGAGUUUGUGGCUGCUCUCCAUCCCAACAAGGACGCGUACCGCCCGACCACCGACGCGGACAAAAUUGAGGAUGAGGUCACCAGGCAAGUGGCUCAGUGCAAGUGUGCCAAGAGGUUCCAAGUGGAGCAGAUCGGCGAGAACAAAUACCGGUUCUUCCUCGGCAACCAGGUACAGUUUGCCUUGCGAUGCUCUCACUUCUUGUUAGUGGUUGUAGCUCGUGUGUCCAUGGUGCUUUGUCCUUUGGGAGGAUGCAAUCUGUAGAGUGCUGCUUGGAGAGCCUGUCCCACUGCCGCGCAGAGCCUGGUACAGAGGAGCGCCAUCCAAAACAAACUGGGCAGAAAGAGGGGAAAAGAUCAGUGGGAGAAAUCAGGAAUUGACUGAAAGGGGGAGAUUUCGGUCUCCUCGCUCCUUCCUCAGUGCCCUGGGAUGUCAGUGGGCUGGGGGACAAACUCGUGGGGUGACACAUGAGGGCUGUACCAGGCUCUGCACUCGGGUCACCGUCACCAUGGAAUGGAAAUGCUGUGUCCACAUGUUUAAUCCCAUAGGUAAUGAUAACUAAACCUCAUCCUGCUGCACCCGCUGAGUAACUCCUGGUGGGAGCAGGGCUUGUAGGAACCCGCUGUCAGUGCAUCCCUCUGUGGGGAGUGAGAGCAGAGCGGGGUCGGUGUGCCGGCUCACAUCCAGCUCCUGUCAGUGGGAUGGAGCAGCACAAAGCACUGCCUUGUGCCCAGUGGCCCUCACACAGAGGGGCACGUCCUCUAUGGAGGGAGGGUGCCCUACUGAAAACGUGCCCCAAAGCCUGGCGUUCCAAAUUGGAUGGGUGGCUUUGUGUUAGACAGUGGCUAUAGAAACUUUCCGAGCGGUUACUGAAAAAUAAUCUGAACAUGACAGUGGAAAUGAGAACUCGCCCAUCCCUGCCUUUCUCUGCAGGUUUUGGGGGACCCCAAACUGGGGAGACUGCGCUCCAUCCCCCGGGGGAAGGCUGGGGGGCUGCUCCCUCAUGUCCCUCCACCUGCAGCACUCGGUUUUCAUUUUCUCUCUUCUUUAUUAUUGCAUUCCUAUCCAUCCAAGGGAA